GCCGUGUUGAUACGCGCGCUCGUCUCGACGCAUCCCCACAGCGGCCAGGGCGAGCCCCCGAUGUUCGGGGACUACGAGGCGCAGAGGCACUGGAUGGAGGUGACGUUGAACACUCCGCUGUCGCAGUGGUACGUGCACACGAAGGUUAACGACCUGCAGUACUGGGGGCUCGACUACCCGCCCCUCACCGCGUUCCAGUCGUGGAUCUGCGGCGUCUGGAUGCGAGCCGUGGAGCCCGGCGCCGUGGCGCUCACCACGAGCAGGGGGUGGGAGACGCCCGUGUCCAAGCUGGCGAUGCGAGCGACCGUGAUCGCGUCCGACCUCGCGUUCACGCUCCCGGCGACGAUCGCCUUCGUCCGGGCCUUCUACGGCGAGGAACGCGGCGGCAACGCCAACAGGAUGACCUGGGCCACCGCGCUCAUCCUCCUCGCCCCCGCCCCCAUCCUCGUCGACCACGGACACUUCCAGUACAACAACUGGUCCCUCGGUCUCACCACCUACGCCGUCGCCGCCAUCGUGCGCGGCCGAAACGUCCUGGGGUCCGUCCUGUUCACGGCGGCGCUGUGCCACAAGCAGAUGUCGCUCUACCACGCUCCGGCGUUCUUCGCGCACCUCCUCGGCGUUUGCCUCGUACGCGGGCGCGGCGACGCGAGAAAGGCGAUCGUCGAGGUGGCCAAACUCGGCGCCGCGGUGGUUUUAACCGUCGCCCUCCACCUCGCGCCGUUCUACGUGGCGGACGGCGCGGGAGUCACCGGCGUCGCCGCGGUGCUCACGAGGCUGGCGCCGUUUAAACGAGGUCUGUUUGAGGAUUACGUCGCCAACUUUUGGUGCGCGACGUCUCCAAUCGUCAAGUGGCGAACACUCUUGUCGAUUCCAAACGCCGCCAAGCUCUCGGCGGCGGUCACGGCCUGCGCGAUGGCCCCGGCGAUGUACGCGCAGAUCGCAGCCCCGAGCCCCGAGGGGUUCCUGUGGUGCAUGGCGUGCGUCUCGAUGUCCUUCUUCCUCUUCUCGUUUCAGGUGCACGAGAAAUCCGCGCUGCUCCCGGCGCUGCCCGUCUCGAUGCUGUGCCUGAGGGCGACGGGGCUGGCGACGCUCGCGCCCGUGCUCGUCUGCGUCAGCAUGUGGCCGCUGCUGCGAAGGGACGGCCUCGGGGUGGCGUACGUCGGGUGCGUGGUCCUGUUCGUCGCCCUGUUC